CACACGGACCGCUUCGGACAGCCGUGGGAAGGGAAAGGCGGGCGGCGGCGGCACCGUUCCGGGCGAACUUUAACGGACACCGUGACCGUGCGUGGCGGUGGCGAGCUGAAGCGCAAGGGAAUGGCUCUGUCGCAGCGCCUGGACGACUCGCCCGACCCUCGGCGGCGUGGCCGCCGGAGAACGGACACAGUCACGCAGGACGUGUACAAUGAGAGGCACCGGCUCGCCCUUGAGGAGCUCGUUUCGGGCGGGAGAGACUCGUACCUGCGCUUCCUGCAGAAGGAGGGGAUGCCCAGCUUCCUCUCCGACGAGGAGGUCCGACGGGUCAGCGCUGCGGCCGUGGUGCCCCGGUGCGCGUCCAUGAGCGGGGAGGACGCCGGCAUGGAGCUGUCCUUCAGCGGCUCCGUGAGCUGCUCCUCGCUCACCUACUUCCCCGAGGCGUCCGACGUGGAGCCCCCGGAGCUGGAGCUCGGCUGGCCCGCGCUGGCGUCGGGCUCCUUCCGCGGGGUCACGCGGGCGGUCGCUCACUUCCAGCCCAGUUACGGCGCGUGCAUAUACAGCUGCAAAGAGGCCGCGCGCAGGAUGAUCCGCAGCGCGAGAGAGGUGAUCGCCAUAGUAACGGACUCCCUAACGGACCUGGACAUCUUUGGGGACCUACAGGAGGCCUGCUCUCAACGCAGGGUCCCGGUGUACAUCCUGCUGGACCAGUCCUGCGUGUCCUCCUUCCUGCAGAUGUGCAGGGACCUCAGUGUGUCCCUGGACAGCUUACAGCACAUGCGAGUGCGGAGCAUCACCGGGGCCACCUAUUUCCUGCGAUCUGGAGCCAAAAUUGUGGGGAAAGUUAAUGAAAGAUUCAUGCUGAUUGAUGGAAACAGAGUUGCUACAGGGUCAUACAGGUUCAGCUGGACCGAUGGGAAACUAAACAGCAGCAAUCUGAUGGAGCUAUCAGGUCAGAUCACGGAGAACUUUGAUGAGGAAUUCCGUAUUCUGUAUGCCCAGUCCAUGCCUGUCAGCACUCAAGCCAUGUCCACUUUUCAAAAGACCAGCACCACUGAUCAUCCUCUCCUCAAGCAGUCCCAAACCCAGGAGUGCCCCCAGGCAUCAGUGUCAGACUCCACAAUGGGGGGAGUUGUUGAGUGCAGAGGAAAGUCUGGAGAUGAGAACCAACAGUCUCAUCUGGUGUUAGACACCUACACUAUUGUAGAAGACGGCAUGGAGGAAGGUCAUGUUCAGCAAGGUGUGGCUGUGGAUGUUUCCGAGCAUACAGCUAAAAGGACGGGGAUGAAUUUACAGCCUCUUCAUCUCCACAAGCAUUAUGAGGGAAAGCGCACUUUACUGGAUAGAGGGAUACAGACAGACCCGCUUGCCCUGUUUGCACAGCAGGCUGUCUCUAUGACCGCCACUGAAACGUGUUCCCAAGAGAAUACCUCCUCUGGGGAGCUUUCAGACUCCGAGUCUGGCCUGACCACCAAGGCAAGAAGAUGUUCUCAAGCCAAGUACUCUCCUGAGAGCGGCCUGAGGGAUUGCUUCCAGAAGCUGACCAAAGAGCGGCAGCAUCACUACUCGAGGAUUCGCUCGAAGCUGAACCACAUGGUCAUGCUGCUCUCCAGCCGACGUGAGCUGGUGGAACUCACCAACUUGACCUUCACCCCACCCACACACAAAGUAUUCAAAGAACAGGAAAAUGGUGCUAACCCAAUGCUGUCUGUGGAUGAAGCACUUGCGUCAUCUUGGACAAGGUCAAAAGUCAAAUGUUUACAGUGAAGAUGAGGAAAAGUAAGCUGGAAGGACAGAUGCAGUUCAUUGCUUAAGUCUAAUAAUGUAUUAUUGCUUUUUUUUUUAGGAUGGAAUGGAAUUGUAAUAUACAAAAAUGGUUCAAGGCACAAAUGGAUUUUACCAUAACAAUGUGCUGUUAAAGUUAUACAACUUGUUAUAUAUUUUUAGAAUUUUUAUAAACAUGUUUAAUUUAGGUUUAGAAUUGUGCUCUGUAUGACCAUGGAACCACUGUAGGAGGUUUUUUUUAAAAAACUUCUCAGUGUGUCUGGUCUUCAUUCUGUAUCUAUAUUGUAAUGUUCAGUGCACUUUACAUACUGGAGGUGACUGGAUACUAUUUACAUCAAAGAAGUGCCAAAACCUUUUAAUUGUUAAUGUGAAUUUAUAGUUACAAUUUUGAAUGUACUGUAUUCUGUAAUUAACUAUGAAACA